GAAAAAUAGGAAAGCGUAGGUCGCCAUUUUUGUAUUGAACUGGUAAAGAAAGAUAUAGUUUAAAUUGAAAUGAUAAAAUAACAGAGUAAAGAUACAAAUCAAAAUGAAUCAAUAUCCGGCUUUUGUACCAAUGGUGGUACCAAGGCCAUAUAUGGUGGCCAUGCCAGCUAAUGCAUUACAAAUGGCUCCACCAGGAAUGGGUGGAAUGGCUCCAGGGGUUCUUCCCCAUCCAUCUUUACAGAUGAUGAAUCCACAACAAUUGGCAGCAGCACAACUCGCAGUAGCUCAUGGUAAUCCUGUUACAACAUCAGGGGCCAUGCCCAUUAUGGCAACUGGUAUGCCUGGAAUGACAGGAAUGACACCAUCACUUUCCCCUGGCAUGACCCAUGGACUUGCUUCUGGAAUGACUCAAGGACUGCCAGCUGGUAUGCAGAUGCCACCAGGUUUAACAAUGGGUGCCAUGGCUAAUCUGAUGGAUCUGAAAAGAGGUUUAGUUGGAAAUGAAGAUGCAAGCAGAUAUGCAGGUGCUGAACUACAAAAAGUUGAUUCUAAAACCCUUGAUAUGGUUGAUGAUAGAUCACGAGAUAAAGCACCUAUGUCUUUAGAUACCUACAACUCUGACCUACAUCUUGAAAUUGACAAUGAUGGGUAUGGUGGAUGCCCAUUAACUGAUCCGCCAGGAUUCUGUUUUACGUGGGCUGGUGCUAGAGGUACACAUGGUGUGUGUACAGGAAAGGUAUUUUAUGAAGUGCAUAUUACAGAAAAUUUGCCUGUAGAUUUUGGACAUGAUCAUGAAGAAACAAACCCGCAUAUUAUACGUGUGGGUUGGUCUGUUAACUCUAGUUCCUUUCAGUUAGGAGAAGAACCCAUGUCAUACGGAUAUGGUGGAACAGGGAAAUUCUCUACAAAUUGUAAAUUUAGUAAUUAUGGUGAAAUAUUUGGAGCUGGUGAUGUUAUAGGUGCUAUGUUGGACCUAGAUUCUACUCCGGCUACUAUAUCUUACUUAAAGAAUGGCACAUGGUUAGGAAUUGCCUUGCCUAUUCAUGGAUACCAGGUUGGAAAUGAUAAAAUGGCACUGUUUCCACAUGUCCUGUCUAAAAAUUCUAGAUUCCGAGUGAAUUUUGGUCAGAUAGAUCCUUGGUUUCCACCACCAAGAGGUUAUACAUAUAUUAAUAAAUUACCGGGUUUUCAACUAGUACGUGGUUUAUUGGAGCCAGAGAGGUUUGAAGAUUGUGAGAUGAUAAUGAUAGUUGGAUUACCAGGAGCAGGCAAAACCCUGUGGGGUAUUAAUAUGGAGAAAUCUCAUCCUGAAAAACGUUAUAAUGUUGUUGGAUCUGAUACUCUUAUUGAUAAGAUGAAAGUUAUGGGUUUGCCAAGAAAAAGAAACUAUCAUGGAAGAUGGGAAGUCUUGAUCGACAAAUCAACUAAAUGCUUAAAUAGAUUGUUUAAAAUAGCUUGUAAAAAGAAGAGAAAUUAUAUCUUAGAUCAAACCAAUGUGUACGCUUCUGCUAGAAAACGCAAAAUGAAAGACUUUCAAAAAUUUUAUCGCAUUGCUGCUGUCCUACAACCUGAUAACCAAGAAUUAGAGAGAAGAUCAUAUAAAAGAACACAUGAAGAUGGAAAAUUUGUGCCGGAGGCUGCUGUGCAAGAUAUGAAAGCUAACUACUCUCUCCCUACUUAUGAAGAAAAUAUAUUUGAUAGGAUUGACUUCAUUGAACUACCACGUGAGGCUGCAGAGCCUUUAGUGCGACAAUAUAACGAAGAACUGAAACAUUUAAAGAAAACAUUCCGCAAUGAUCGACCUACCCAGGAUUCAAGACAGUUUGGAGUUGGUCCUGGUAAUUAUGGAUCCCAAGAUCAAUAUUAUGGUCAACAAGGAGGUGGUUUCCAGGGAAGAUAUGGUGCAGAGCCUCCAAGUAAGAGAGCAAAACAAGAACCAGGCAGUGCUCUAGAUUUUAUCAAACAAGAAUAUGCUGAAGAGGAAAAAGAGAAAACACUGAAGGAAGAAACGAAAAGAGAUAAAAAUAUGUAUGGUGGCGAUAUAUAUAAUCAGGCAGCUAGUUUUCAUUUUCAGGAUCAAUAUGGUCAAAUAAAGCAAGAACCAUUUCAAUCUAGAGAAUUCGCAGGCCAAUAUGGGCAACAGAGACAAGAAUUAUUAAACGAAUUGGCUAGACAACAGAUUCAAAUGAAACAGGCAUCAUGGCCACCAACUCAAGAUAAACAAGAUCAGAAUCCAGUUUUUCCAAGUUACAGUUGGCCCCCAAAAGAACAAGCUGAACAGAGCUACAAUUAUCUUGAUCAACGUCCUGGUAUUGCUGGUGUUGAUAGGCAAAGAAAUGAACCUGGAAAUUGGACUUCAGCUGGACAAGCUAAACAAAAGCAAUGGCAACAACCCGGUUUUGGUCAACCUCCUUUACCGCCUCCGUCUAAUCCAGAUAGAAGUCAGUUUGAUAGACCAGACUCUAAUUCAUCUUUUGAUAAACAAAAUUAUGGACAACCCCAAGCUAAAUCAGAUCAAAGCAAUCAGAAUCAGGGCUCUUACAAUCGAGAUCAAAGCAGAGCGUAUGAUAGAAGUAACCAGGAUCAGAAACGAUCCUUUGGUAGACCGGAUCAAGACAAUCAAAAUAAGUACAAUCGACAGAACCAAGAUUAUAGACGAUCAGACAGUGAUUCCAGAAAUCAGUCUUAUAACCAAAGAGACCAGAAUCAACAAAGAUCAUCUAGCACUGGCCGAUCAGGAAGUGGGGAUCGAGAUAGAGAGAGAGAUAGAGAUCAGUCUUUUGGUGGUUAUGAUUCCCGUAAUAGAUCUUUCGGACAAGACUCAAGGGAUGCUAGAGAUAGUCGAGAAAAUAGAGAAAAUAGAGAUAGCUCAGGUUAUGGUGGAGGUAAUAGAGAUUUGAAUAGUUCAGGUUUUAAUUCAAGAAGUAGUCAAGAAUCGCGCUACUCAGAUAAAUCAAGAGACACUUCAUCUCGACCUGAGUCGCGUGAUUCAGAUUAUAGAAGUAGUGACCGAACAUCUGGAUUUAAUACUACAAAUACUAGCAGUGAUCGUCAUAAUGCACCUCCUCGUGAAAACCAAGAUGCUGGUAAUGGUGGAAGGGUUAGAAAGAGAAAAUCUAAGUGGGAUACACCUGGAGAAGAAUCUAAUAGUGAUAGUCCCCAAAUAAAUCCUGUUACUGUUAAAACUCCUGCAAACCUUAGUGCUAUUAUUGCAAAGUUAGAACAAGCUGGCAAAGAUCAUCAAAAUGCUGAAGCUAAACUUCUGUCUUCAGGAGAUCCUUCAAUACCUCCCCCUCCCCCAAGUGAUGCUGAUAAACCAAAAGAUCUUCCUCCUAAUUCAGAUAAUUUUCAACCACCUCCUGGUAUGCCUCCCAACAUGCCCCCAGGCAUGGGACCUAGACCUCCAUUUCCUCCAAGGGGACCUCGAUUUGCUGGUGGACCACCACGAUUUCCACCUCAUGGAGCUCCCCCUCCUCCUCCUUUUGGUCCUGGACCAGAUGGCCCAAGAAAUUUCCGCCCCCGAAAUCCACAAAACUUUGGUCCAGGUCCCCAGGGUCCUGGUCAGUGGAAUAAUCCACAAUUUGGUGGUCCUAGAGGUGGUGGUCCAGGUGGCCCUAGAGGUCCAGGGGGUCCUAGGGGAUUUGGCGGUCCAAGAGGUCCUGGAGGUCACAGAGGACCACGCCCAAUGAAUCCAAGAUUUGGAGGUGACGGACAACGAUUUUCUAGACCACCAGGAAUGAGAUGGCAAAAUCCUAGAUAAACUAUAGAUCAGUUUAUUAUCAAAUAUGUGUUUUAAAUAAUUAAAAUUGUGUAAUAAUUAGAAAAAAUUUAGAAUUUAAGUAUCGUCAAUUUGAAGUCUUUAGUAUGAAACAUUAUUUUAACUUAGUUACUAAGUGGAACAGUAUUAUUAUUUUUUUUUUCAAAGCUACAGGGCCCAUAAAUUUCAAAGUUCUGGGAAUGUGUAUUUCUUUUCUUUGUGAUACUUGUAAAUUUUAAAUAUUUCAGACAUCUGAUACUCUUUUCCAAAUGCAUUGUUCACAUUAUUUUAUCUAAUGAGCUUUUUCCCCAGUAGAGUAGAACUUUCAAAUUUAGUAUGGAAUAAAAAACAAAAUAGCUGCAAUCGGUAAAAUGAACAAUAUAAUGAUAUAUAAAGUGUUUUUAUUUAUUUGGUUGAGAUGUAUAAAGAAAUUAAUUUUGAUCACUAAAUUGUACAUACAUACUAUGUAGCUAAUUUUGUAUUCAGUGCACUAUUUUAGAAAAUAUAUCAUUCAAAUCUACAUUUGAUGGAAGCUCAGAUUUGAGUACAAUCACAUGACUUAAUUUAUAAAGAGUAAUCAUAAUUUAUUUUGUAUACAUAAAUCAUUCUCACAAUUCCAAACAAUACUUAACUAUCAAACCACAGUUAGGCUUGGAAACAUUAGUCAACAUUAAUCUAGGAAAAUGUUGGGUUUUCUUUUAUCAUAGUUUGAUUUUACCACUCAGUUGAAUUUUCGGUACAUACAUAAUCAUAAUUUUUACACACAUUUGAUUUAGUGUAGCAGUAAAUAAAUUAUCCAGUUUUCUUUUACAGCUGCUUCUAUUUCAGGUCAUCUGACUUUAAAAAUGUUAUUUCUAACAUUAAAUACUUUCAUAGAAAUAUUUAUAAAUUGAAAUGAAGGAACCAUAACAAAUUAAGCAUACAAUAUUUACAGAUAAUAUACCAUCUAAUUUUUAUGAAUUGACUUUUGUGUUUAAAUUAUGUCGUUUUGAGCUUUUAUGUAAAUGGCUAGAACUUGUAUGAGCCAGUAAGAAAUAAUUUGUACUGCUUAUAUUUUUAAAUCUGGUAUUUCAUACCAAAUGGGAUAGUCUUAAUUCUUUUGAAGAUGGUCUCUGAUAUUAUUUUUCAGGGUUAUUCUUUUUCAGCUUUUAUUUCAGCUAAUUCAUAUAAAUUGUUUUGUAACUUGUAGAUAUAAUGAAUAUUUGACUUUGGUGUUUUGUACUUUAGGAUGAAUUUUCUAAUCAGAAACUUAAGCUUAUUAUCUGAAUUGAUAAAUUGGUAUAGUUUAGUGUUGCAUACAACUUGAUUUAUAUAUAAGAGAUAGUCAAACUGUUAUCAUGGGUAAACACACAGCUUUCAUUCAUUUUAGCAUCUUCAUUUUAUCUUAUGCAUUCAACAAAAAAAGCAUGCGAGUUAAAUGAAUAUCCACCCUUUUAAUUUUUAUUUCAGCUAAAUGUUCUAAACAGACUCUAAUUUUCAGUUUUUAUGUUAUAUUGAAUCGUUAUCUUGACUUGAAUGAGUAAGGAAAUAAGCAUAUUGUUAUUAUUUGUUUUACCUUAAUUUUUGUGUCUUUAUCCUUUGUUUCAUUGAAAGCAUCUCAUAUAAAACAUUCAUUUUCUUGUUUCCACAUAGAACAUCCAUGUUUUGCAGUGAUUGAAAAAAAAAAAUAAAAUGGUUUCAUUUACCCAUUUCUUUUCCACUAUUGUGAGUUUUUAGAUUCAGUAGAUAAGAAUGGAUAUUGAGUUGUUGGUAUUUUAAAUCUGAAUCAAAGACAAAAUGAUGUAAAAUAUAGACUGUGGUGAUCAGUCAUGGUUCUAGAACUACAAGCUAAAAGGGAGUGUUUAUUAUUGUAUUAAAGCUUUCAGUGUAUCUAUAUUGACCUGUAUGUUCCUGAAUCAGGAAAAAUUGAUAAUAAAUGGUUAAACCAUG